AUGAAGAUGGUGGCACCUGUGAAGGAGAAGGGGAGCUGCGGGUGCAAGGGAGAAUGUGCUGCAGUGGCUGCUCAAACGAUCAAGCAGCUAAAAUCAACGGUGGAGAUGCUGGUGCAGCAGUUGAAGGAGGUUAAUGCUCGACUUGCAGCGGCUGAAAAGCGAAAUGCAGCAAGUGCUGAUGAGAAGAGUGAUGCUGGAGCCAAGGGGAGUGAAGUCAUAGUUGCUGCUGUGGACCAGGAAAAGGGAGUGUACAAGGAUGACACUUAUGAGCAGGAGAAACCCAAGGCCGUGGUGGAGCUCAAGGAAAAAGUUGUGAAGGAGAAAACAAUGGUGCUGAAUGUGGCAAGCAUUGCAGCUGAUGGAACCGGGGUGAUGGGAGAACCCAAGGUGCAGAGGAGCGUGGCGGAAGCGGAUACAACUUUGGGUGGUAAUGAUAUUACAUCGGUGAAGCUACAAGCAGCUGAUGUCAUGAAAGCUGAAAGUGUGGGGGAGCGUGAGGCAACCUUUCCUAAAACUGGAGUUGGGAUCGGCAAUGCAGUGGAGCCGGUCGAUAGUGAGAAGCAUGUUGAGGGAGUUGAAUAG